GUGUUGAGUUGUGUUUGUGUAAAGUGGGCUGCCUCUUUUCACACUUCUUACUUGCAUCCUUCUCAGCCUACAUACUUUGCACUGCUGCGUUUGUGUGUCAGUAAGCUGGUGGAUAAAGUCAUGCUGUUCGAUGUUUCAAACCAAGAAGCAAAGGUGAAUUGCAGAUCGGUGGGCUCCACUUCAAACAUCUUGCAGACCACGACCAUGCUUGCAGGAGGUCUCUGCAACACUCUGCUGCAAUGAUCCCAUUUGACACAGCAGAGAAGAAGGUUACAGGUGGGGCGUGGUUUGAUAUCUCACUCAAUUAUCUCCUAGCAGGCUCCAACAAACACCACAAAGACGCGUUUAGCAGCUAUUGUCGUCUGCAACAUUAAAAUGGACCAAAAGUGGAUUCAGAUUCUGGUGAUUCUGGUGUUUUGUCAAAAAAUGACUUCAGGAGCUGGUGAAGAGAGACGUGUAACGGAAGGGGCUGAGGUUGAAAUCAAAUGUAAGCCUCUGGACAGUGGCAGCAUGGUCAUCUGGUUUCGAGUUCUGGACACAUCUGCCAUGGAAUUCAUUGGAUCUUUCAGUAACAAUGGUCUCCUAAAGUCAACCACAGACUCCUUCCAGUCUACCUUCAGUCAUUCAAAGAUGCAGCAAGAUAUCCUAACACUGAAGUCAUUCAACAAAGCUCAGGACAGCGGCGUUUACAGCUGUGCGGCUCUCAAAGGCAGUAUACUGAAAUUUGGCGAAACAACCCGACUGGUUGGAGAAAAAGCUGAAGUUGCAGUAGUGGAAGCAACACAGGCCGCCGCCACCACCAAACAAAAUCUAUGCACAACUGCUACGCCAUGUGUUUGUAACAACAUUAACGGCCAAGGGGAAACCAGUCCUCAAAUGUUUUGUACCCCAAUCAUACUGGGCCCACUGGCCGGCGGCUGUGGCCUUCUUCUUCUACUCCUCAUCAUCACCACCGUGUACUGCAACCAUAUAAGGACACGGAGAUGCCCACACCAUCACAAACGAAAACGACGGUCGGGGGAUCUUGAAAAACUUAAACUGGACAAACGACAAGUUUAAUCCAAAUGGGGUAAUUUCAUGGACACUGCUUUAAACGGCAAUUCUAUUGUGGGCUAAUGUUACUGUUGCAGAGAUAAUUUUUUUAAUCAUUUUUCAGUUUAAUCACAUAUCUGGUGAACAUGUUGCUGCCAACUUAAAAAAAAAAAGUUAUUUGUGAAGUGUUUAAAAUGGUUCAAGGUUUCAAAUUAUAAAAUAUCUUCAAAGCUCGCCAACAUCUAUAGUUUGAAUGUUGUUUUGCGGCCGAUAACGCUGCGCCAUCACAUCACGAUUGAACUCUUCUAUUGAAAUAACAUGAAAUGAAGUAAGCACUGAUUUACAUUUAUUUUAAACAUCAUGCAAACAAUUGUAUAUAAUUCAUUUUGCUUUUGUAUAGAGCCAAAGCCAAUUUCACACUGGCUUUUUCAUCAGUCUACCUACAAAGACUUUUUGACAUUAAUAACCGUACAGUCCUUAAGAUUUUGUGAAAUUUUUUUAAACAAGAACUUAACUUGCCUUAACUUGUAAAUAUUGAAUAACCACUUAAAAAAAAGAAAUUGCACUGAUUUUAUUUUCAGCAGGAUAACUUGAAAUGUUGAAACAUUUUAUUUAGUUAAGCUUUUGAUUCAAUCAUUUUAUUUUUCAAAAAUGUCUUGUAAUUCAAAUAUCUAUAUGGUUUCAAAGUUAGGAGGAAUUGUUUUUCUUUUGUAAAAUUGGAUGUACAGCAUUUUAGAAAGUAUCCCACUUUCU